UCAGCUGGCAGCGAAAUCGAAAGUGACUGCUCCCCGAAGACCCAAGAUAUAUAUAAACACAUAUAGAGAGGUCUUCAGCAAAAGUCCAUGCUGAAGCAGGCAGUUGACUUUCAAAAGUGUCAAUAAAAUUUAUGUAAAAAAGCAGUUAAUGAAAAAGUUGAUAUAACAGCAUUGACAACAACAAUAACAGCAACAAGGAGAGCAACCUAGGAGCCACAACUACAACAAAAACAAAAACAGCUCAAAAUGCUGCUCAAAAUUUUCCUCCUGGCCUUUCUGGCCUCCCAAUCCUCGGCAGACUCAGCGGAUCCCCUUUCGACUUCGGCCAGCGAGAGUCAAGUUAGGUUGACCGAGGAGACGAUUCCCUUCGAGACCUCGCACAAACAUCCCGACGCAGUGGAGCGGGAGGAGGGCUUCCGCACCUCCCACAGGAUCAGCAUUAGGGCCACGGACUCCGCCGACUAUUCGAUGAACCUGCUGCCCACCAAGGAGCGUCCCGAGCUGAAUCCCGUGCUGAGUGCCCUGAUCAACGAGGAUGUGAUGAAGAGCAUCGAGGCCAAGAGGGCCAUCGAAGAGGAGGAGCUGGCCGAGGUGAAGCGUGAAAUCGAGGAGGCCGCUCAAGCGGAAUUGGCCCAGAAGAGGGCCUCCACCACCACGGAGGCACCUGCUCCACUGCUGACCACCCUGCCCACGGCCGCCAAGAAGAUCGACAACCUGGACGAGGACAUCGUGGUGGAUCCGCACGAGGAGUUCGUCAAUCAGAACUUCGCCCUGGAAGGUGCGGGCAGUGAGAACAACAAGAAGUCCCGCAUCGAGAUCAAGAAGGGACCGAAUGGCCAGGACUACGAGUACGAGUACGUCUACUACUACGAGGAGGAUGAGGAGCCCAGCAAAGUGGAGGCCUCUGCGGAGCCCGAGGUGCGUGGCAAGACCAGGUACACGAACAUCGAGAGGAGCACGCCGGCCACGCCCAGUGAGAACAGUCUGCAGAGUGGCAAGGCCAAGGGCAGAUCCUCCGACGCCUCCGAGGACAUCGAGGCCGAACGCCUGCCCAUGAACACCAGGUUCCCCAGUCGUGGCAAGAACGUGGAGGUGCCACCCACGCCCGCCCUCGAUUCCCUGGAAACGGCCGCCGAGCGCAAGAAGAUCAGUGUGAAGCGACCCAGCUUGGAGUUGGUGGACAGUGCCACCUUCAACACGGAUGAGAAGCAGACCAAGGCCACCCGCAAGGGAGGUGAGAACGAACUGAAACCAGUGAUUGCCAUCGAACAGGAGGAGGCGGCCAGGAAGAAGCAGGAGCAGCAGGCCAAGGAGGAGCAGGCCAAGAAGGAGCAGCAGAAGGAGGCCGAAGUGCCAGCGGCCGAUCAGGAGGAGUCCGAGCAGACCACGCCCUCCAUGGAAAAGGCCGCCCUCGAUCUGUACGCCAUUCUGACCAACGAGAACCUCAACAACGAGCAGACCACCGCCAUCGCAGAUGCCGAGGGAGCUGAGGGCAUCACCACUUUCGCACCGGACACCGCCAGCACGGAUGAGGAUGAGGCCGGCAGUCUGACCACGCUCACCGAUGAGGUCUCCUCCACCAGCAGCACCACCACCACGACCACCACCACCACCACCACAACCACCACGGAGGCGCCCACCACCACAACGACCACCACCACUACCACAGCGGCUCCUUCGCUUUUCGGCGGCAGGAGGUCGGGACUGAAUGGUCUGGCCGGACGCAACCGCUUCAAGCUGAACAGGGCCGAGGGCGGCAGCACCACCACCAGCACCACCGAGGCACCAGCCACCGAAACCACCAAGACUGGCAGAAAUCGCUUCUCGCGGCCCUCAAUCGGAGGACGUUCUCGUCCUGGAGCUCGCACCACCGCAGCACCGGAGGUCACAUCCUCUGCAGCUCCUGCCGCCGAGGAGGAGGUGGUGGUCGCCAAGGAAGUGAAGCCCGUGAGCACGGGUUUCGCACGAGGCAGACCUCGCAACCGUUUCAACCUGCGCGGCUCCACCACCACGAGCACCACUGAGCGUCCCAGCGAGGAGUCCCCCGCCGAGGGAGACGCCCCCGCGGAAUCAGCCGCCCCCUCGUCAACCACCGCACGCACCACCUUGCGAGGACGCCCCGGAUUGGGACUGCGUGGACGCAGUCGCACCACCACCACCAAGGCACCCGCCAAUGCAGAAGGCGGUGCCGAGGCUGCCGAGGGUGCGGCCAGUGGAGGUGCCACCACCAAUUCCGAGGAGGCCAAGUCCGCGGCAGCUGCUCCUGCCUCUCCCGCGGAGCCAGUGCGUCCGUCCCGCUUCAACCUUCACCGGGCCGGCGGCAACCGCCUGCUGCCCCGCGGAAAGCUGGGAAGAUCGGGAGUCAGCACGGAGGUGCCCAAGGAAUCGUCGCCAGCGGCUGAGGAUUCGGCCGCCGAUAGCAGUAGCCAUCACAAUGACGUCAAGGCGGAGGAGUCGGCGGGCGGCGAGGCUGGUGAGAAGGCGAACAGCGAGGCGAGCGAUGCCGCCGCCCCCGCUCCCGCCGCCCCCGUUUCCGGGCUGAACCGCCUCAAGGCCCGGCCACGCCUCAACGCCCUUACGCACAAGACUGAUGCGGCCAAGCCCAAGGCGGCCGCAGCCCCCGCCCCCGCGCCCAGGAAGAUCAAUCCCCUGCUGGCCAAGCGACGACUCCACCUGGGAGCCACCUCCACCACAGAAGCCCCCGCCGAGGAGGAGCACUCGUCGCCGGACUCCUCCGUGGAGCAGCCCGCCAAGGAGGAGGCGUCCGCCGGAGGAAGCGAAGAGUCCGCCGGAGAGGGAGCCGGGAAGCAGGAGCAGGAGAAGGAGACCACGGAGGCGACGGAGGCAACCACCAAGCAGCAGGCCCGUGGAUUGGGACUUCUGGGACAGCGUCGUCGGCUGCCGCUCCGCAAGCCCGGAACGAUCCUGUAAAGCCACGCAAUCCAAUACACAAUUUAAUCCCAACCAGCCCAAUCCACACAUCGCCAUCCGCCCCAUUGAAUCCUGAAUAGAAUACUCGUCACGAUUCGCUGCUGCAUACUCCUAAGAUCAGGAUGAUGACCCAAACAAGCGAUGAUAACAAAUUGUUUGAUAUAUAUGUACGUCCUUUAAGUUUCCUCCUCCUCGAACUCCUCCUCCCAAGGACUCGUUAGCUUUGUACACAUAUUACACUAAUUACUACUGAUAAAUGCGGAUAUACCAUGUAAGUAGGAUCCCUCCCUGCGCCAAGAGAAAAAGUCACCCAAACGGAAUACACGGAGCGAGUCGAAGAACGAGGAGAUCCAAGCCACUCGUAGACCACUAAGCACAAAAAGAAGAAAAAUGGAAGAAGAAGAAGAAAAUGUCAAGUGUAUAUAUAUCAUAUAUCUAUAUAUAUAUAUGUAUGCAUACCCCGACCUUGCCCCCCUCUUUUCCUCUGAGCACGCAUCCGGAAAUCGUCGCGUGCAUAGCAGAUACAUUUAUUAUUAUAUUUUUUUUCUGAGAUACAAUUAUGAACAAAAAACGACUUUUAAUUAUAUAUUGAA